AAAAGCGUGAAACAAAUCGGAUUCCAACCAAUCAGCGCCAGAGACGACUUACGACCGUAAACCAUGCCGGUGAGACGGGGCCAUGUGGCGCCGCAGAACACUUUUCUAGACACGAUCAUCCGCAAGUUUGAGGGACAAAAUCGGAAGUUCAUCAUCGCCAACGCGCAGGUGGAAAAUUGUGCUAUAAUCUUCUGCAACGACGCCUUCUGCGGGAUGUGCGGUUACACCCGAGCGGAGGUGAUGCAGAAGCCCUGCACCUGUAGCUUUCUGUACGGACCCCACACCAAGAGACCAGCGGUGGCCCAGAUGGCUAAAGCUCUGCUGGGAGCAGAGGAGAGGAGGGUGGAGAUUUGCCUCUACACCAAAGACGGAGUGUGUUUCCACUGUGUAAUAGAUGUGGUUCCAGUGAAGAAUGAAGAUGGCCUCGUCAUCAUGUUCAUUCUCAACUUUGAGCUCCCCACUGACCCCCGACCAAUUAACAGCUCACCAGCCAGAGAGCUCAACAGAGUGCUGCGUUUGCCCUGGUUGACCAUGGCUUGGCGGCAGCGUCUGCGCCCCCUCCUUCGCUCUCUCAGCACCAGUUCAGAUGUUCUAUCUCAGGACACAGAACUGGGUUCUCCUCGUGCUGAACUCCUUCCCCUUGGUCACGAGUCUGUGGCACUGGACAAACUGCUGUCCCUCCCUGAGAGGAAACAGCUGGCCGAGUCCGGAGCAGGACUGCUGCUGUGGGACGAGGAGGAGGAGAAACAACGAGGGGAAGGAGAAAGCGGAGGAGAGUGGGACGGUUUGGUGGCACCCAGGCGACGGAGUGAGGGAGACAGACAAAGAAGAGAAGGCUCUCUGUGGGACAGAAGAACAGGAGCAGCAGGAGGAGGAAGGAGAGGGGGGAUCUUUCACACAGGUCUGCCAAUAGCUUCAUCUUCUGCACCCCCAACAGUGGCUCUGCCACUCGCCUCCUCACGUUUGCAUAGGAGAGAGGAGAAUGAGAGUGGUCUAGAGGGAGAUGAUGACAGUCCCUUCGGCAUCAACCCUGCAUCCAGCAGCUUUGAUGGCAGUUGCGGGAGUUUAAAACAUUCUUCCUCCAUUGAUGACGUCAAGAGUGGGCAGGGUUACUGGGAAAAGAGGCUGCAGCUGAGACACAGCUGUACUGCUGGUAUGAUAACCACUAGAAAGAGCAGUGAGCCAGUUCAGACAUCAGACACCGAUUUGCGUUGCAGAACCAACAGUCAGCAGAUGACCCAGAGUCUACUGAUUACUAAGACUGACGCGUUUGUGGCAUUACCCCCGGGUGAAAUCAGACCUCCCUGCAAACUGAUCGACAGGACGCACCACGUUACUGAGAAAGUCACCCAGGUCCUUUCUCUGGGUGAUGAUGUGUUACCAGAGUACAAGCUGCAAACCCCAAGGAUUCAGAAGUGGACCAUCCUUCACUAUAGUCCGUUCAAAGCUGUGUGGGACUGGGUGAUUCUGCUCCUAGUCAUUUAUACAGCAAUUUUCACUCCUUACUCUGCUACCUUUCUCCUGAGUGACCAGGAGGAGGCAAGCAUGCAGACCUGUGGUUACUCCUGUUCCCCCCUCGAUGUGGUGGAUCUUAUAGUGGACAUUAUGUUUAUUGUAGAUAUCAUCAUCAACUUUAGGACCACAUAUGUUAACUCAAAUGAUGAGGUGGUCAGCCAGUCUACUCGGAUUGCAGUUCACUACUUCAAAGGGUGGUUCCUUAUCGACUUGGUGGCGGCCAUUCCCUUUGACCUCCUCAUCUAUCGAUCAGAAGAGGAGGAGGUGGUUAGAGGAGGUGCAGAGGGAGAGACUACCACACUUAUUGGCUUACUGAAGACAGCUCGAUUACUGCGACUGGUUCGCGUGGCCAGGAAGUUAGACCGCUACUCCGAGUAUGGCACAGCUGUCCUCUUCCUCCUGAUGUGCACUUUCGCUCUCAUUGCCCACUGGUUGGCCUGCAUAUGGUAUGCCAUAGGUAGCGUGGAGCGGUCAACGUCUGCUGGGAUUGGCUGGUUGGACGCUCUGGGUGAUCAGCUGGGGAAGCCCUACAAUGAUUCCAUCAUUGGGUCUGGUCCUUCCAUUAGAGAUAAAUAUGUCACAUCCCUGUACUUCACCUUCAGCAGUUUGACCAGCGUAGGCUUUGGCAACGUCUCACCAAACACCAACUCUGAGAAGAUUUUCUCCAUCAGCGUCAUGCUCAUUGGAGCUCUAAUGUAUGCCAGUAUUUUUGGUAAUGUAUCAGCCAUCAUCCAGCGGUUGUACUCUGGUACGGCACGUUACCAUGCCCAGAUGAUGAGAGUUCGAGAGUUCAUCCGUUUACACCAGAUCCCUAACCCUCUAAGACAGCGACUGGAGGAGUACUUCCAGCAUGCUUGGUCAUACACUAAUGGGAUUGAUAUGAAUGCUGUUUUAGAAGGUUUCCCUGAAUGUCUCCAGGCAGAUAUUUGUCUCCACCUCAACAGGUCACUGCUGCAGAACUGUAAAGCUUUCAAAGGAUCCAGUAAAGGCUGUCUGAGGGCACUAGCCAUGAGAUUUAAGACCACCCAUGCCCCUCCUGGUGACACCCUGGUCCACGCUGGUGACCUGAUCUCAGACCUGUACUUCAUUGCCAGAGGAUCCAUAGAAAUCCUCAAAGAAGAUGUGGUGUUGGCUAUUCUUGGUAAAAAUGAUAUCUUUGGGGAGCCUGUCAAUAUGUAUAUUCUACCAGGAAAAUCCCGUGCUGAUGUCAGAGCUUUGACUUAUUGUGAUCUGCACAAGAUACACAGAGAUGAGAUGCUGGAGGUUCUUGAAAUGUAUCCUGAAUUUUCUCAACAUUUCUGGUCAAACUUGGAUAUCACUUUCAAUCUCAGAGACGCAAAUUCUGAAGCUGCUGCUUGUUUGAGUGGAGUAGAUUUGGACUGUGAAGGAUUCAGCAGACCACAGCAGUCACAUAGACUGUCUUCCACACACACAGGUGACACCACCUCAGCAAAGAGACUGAGAGGUGCUUACAGAAGUAGAAGAAGACACAGCAACUGGGAGCAGCGUAGCUACAACAAAGAUGAUCAUAAACAUGCACUAUAUGCCCGCGUGUUCUCCAGUGAGAAUGAAGAUGAGGACUCAGAGGUGACGAGCCCUGCAAAGACCUCCAUUACUCCUGCUGCUACUGCAAACACUGCAAGGUACCUUGAGGCUGACAGAAAUGAAAGAACACACAAUGCUUUAACAGGAGUGUCCAACAUCUUUAUGUUUGGCUCAGACAGCCAAGAAGAACAGAGAAACCAAGAAACGCUUUGCUCCCACAGCCUCUCCUCGUCUCCCCUUCAGCCUCUCUCUCAACAGGUGCCUGACCCGCCUUCCACCUCUCACUGUUCCACCACAUCUCCUAGUUUCCCUCUUCCCCCUGUCAUCUCUAUGAGGCAGAAGGCAGAGUUUGAGAACAGACUAGAAGUAGUGCAACAACAGAUAACCAGGUUGGAGUCUCGUAUAUCAGCAGACAUCAGAAUCAUUCUGCAGCUCCUACAGGGGCAGAUGCCGAUGAUCCCACCUUCCUACAGUACACUGACAAUAACGUCUAACACAACCACAUCCUCCAUACUGUCCCCAACAUUUGCCGCCUCAUCUAGCACCCUAAACUUGAUCUGCCCAGCCACAAAUCCACAUCAGUGGGUGUCCAAUGAAAACUUAGCAAGACAUACCGAAACCACUUCUCUCAGUUGUGGAUCCUCUGUUCUUCGUCUUACUGUCUCUCCUUCAACAAGCCAUUCUUCCGCUACUCAUACUUCUUAUCAGCCACUGAUUUCUUCCUCAAACAUUUCUCAGAAUACUUCCACCUUUGCAACUGAUCUGCAAACAUCCCCUCAGUCUUCCUCUGCCCUUACUCAGACAGAAAGUCAUGAUGUACCUUCCCUAAAUGCACUAUAUCCAAGCACCUCACCGUCCUCUCUCCCCAGUUCCAGAGAGGCUUAAACGGUCAGUUGCUCAUGCAACACAAUUAUCCAUUGAAAAUUGAAACAAAGGACAAUUUAACAACAUUACAAGGUCCAAGUCAAGUUAAAAUUUUAUUUUUAUUUGGACUUACCUGCGCUCAUGGGCUACAAUGCUACAGUGCUUGCCAUCGUCAAAGGUACCAUGGUGCAUUGCAACCAUCGAUCAUUUUGAUGCUUGCUACAAAUUCAAAAGUUUGUUAGAUCCUACAAAGUCCAAAGCAUGGACUUUUGCUAUCGACUGAACUGUUAAACUAAUAAUCUCUGCAGUUUUGGAUGAGUGUUUUUUUUAAGUAUUGAUCCACAGAAACGAACUAUGAAUACUGAUACGUCAGAUAUUGUUUUGCGGAAAGAUUCUACUAGAGGCAGCAACUUUUGUAUAUUUUGUAUAUGACCCCAUAAAAUGUCAUACCAUUGUUCCAUACCAUGUUCAUAUAAAAGACUUGCUGCAAAGUAAAAGCUGUAAAAAUGUUGUUCAGGAGAGCAGCAGGUAGACUGGCCAACAGCAGUGGGUGUUUGCACACCAGGCCAUGGUGGCCUAAAGACUGAGUGAUGACUGCAUGGGGAUAGACCUGUACUUGUACUUCUGAACUUCCAUCCAUCUAUUUGUAGCUGCUUAUCCGGGGCCAGGUUGCAGAGGCAGCAGUCUAAGCAAAGAGCUCCAGAUUUCCCUCGCCCUGUGCGACUUCUUUCUGUUUCCAAACUUGAAUACAAAAAUUUGAGUCGAAUGAGGAAUACAUUUCCGCCACAGAAUCCUACUGUGCAGACCUCGAGAAAACCUAUUUUUCAGACGGGUUAAAGAAAUUGGAGCAUCGCUGGGUCAAGUGUAUCGAACUAAAAGGAGACUAUAUUGAAAAAUUAAUCGCCACUUUUCCAAAAAUUUCGGGUUUUUUUUGUAGGCUAAGUACUUAUCGGACCGCCCUUGUAUAUUUGUAAUCAGAUAUGUACUUCUAAACUUUCAUUCAUCCAUUUCUGACUGCUUAUCCAGGGCUGGGUUGCAGAGGCAGCAGUCUAAUCAAAGAGCUCCAGACUUCCAGACUUAGCAAUGUCAUCUUUUUUCAUGCAUAAAUCUGGCUGCAUACACACAAAUUCUUUGUGACCCUAAUUUGACGCCAUAGAUAACCUUUACUGUUCUUGUCAAUUUCAAAUCAAAGGGGGGAUCAGCUCUUUACACAACUGUUAAAUAAACACCUACUUCAUCAAACACUUCCACAUCCUCCCACCCGCAGUUAAAUCACCCUCACUUUCAGAGUGGAAUGAACCAAUUUUAGAAAACACCCUCCAAUCAAAGUAUCAAAGGACCCAACAGCCGCUGCUAAUUUUGUAAAUGUAUGGAGUGAAAUUAAAGGUAUCAGGUCUUUUUCAUCUUUUACAAUGUUUAACCAAUGUCAACAAUUAAAACUGUGUUGUGAAUUAUGUGUGAUUUUAUGUAAUUGUUACCCAACAAUUACAUGCAUCAUUUGUCAGAGCAUCUAUUUUAACCUAUGUCUGUAUUUGUUAUUUAAAUACAAGCUAGUUUAGCUUUAUAGAAUAUGCCAUCCCACUCUAUGUAAUAUGUUGAUAGCACUACUAAGUACCUUUUGGUCUUUUCCUGGACCUAGCUUAUUAUACACUUAUAAAAGUGAUAUAAAAAUGGCAGAUUUUCCAGUGGUUGCUUGAACUGUUUAAUGAGACCAUAGUGAUGACUGUGAUACACUGACUGUAUUAUGACUGUCAUAAAAGGUUGAAGAACAGUACUCCUUCUUUAAAACAUACAUUUUGGCUUUGAACAUAAAAUAGUUGGUGUCUGAUAAAAGUGAAAAAUUAAGUUUAAUUUUUCUACAUUUUUCUAUUUUUUGCUGGUUCUAGAGUUGCUUCAUCAGUUGGCCAAUUUAAUAUGUUUUAUUUAGAUCUCAAAUUAGACUGACCUAAAAUACUUUUGUUUGCAAGUACAAAGGAAUAUAUUUGUUGUAUCCAAUAAAUCUUGCUGAUCCACUAUA